AUGGAUGAUUCGGAUCCCCCACGAAAGUCAUUGCGGGGGAUGACGCCUGAGGAAGUUGCCGAACUUCUCGCGGAGUAUGGCGCUAGCGGCCCAUUUGAUGAUCUGCUUGACAUCCAAGCUGUUUCCAAUAGUGUCUUUGACUAUGGCGGCCGAGACGUUUUCCUCACAGGAACCAACGCGGAAACGGAGGCUGAAGUCGAAAACGAUGCCGAUGGAAAGAAGCCCGUUGCUGCUGAUGUGGAUCACACAUGGCCUCUUGAGUCUGUAGUGAUGCACUAUACAGACAUUAUAUCUUCGUCCACAGCUCAACCCCUUUUGGAAGAGGUGAAUAAAUUGCUUGGGGGUGAAAGUUCUUCCGUAUCACUGACGGUUGGACCCGUUGAUGAUGGUUCGUUAAGGUAUGGAACGCGGAACGUCAUGGAUGAUGGUUUAGGCAUUGAUGAUUUGGAUAUGUUCAAUUUGACGCGUUCAUGUUUACGCUCCAACGACGACACAGAACUCUUAAAGAAGCUUGAUGGAAUGCUGGAGGAAGCAGAUCGCUUUCUCGCAAGUCGGAAGAAGCAAUAUAUAGAUCCAAUGGAUGAAACAUUCUUGAUGGAGAGGAAUCGCGCAUUUGAAGAAGAGGAGCGCCUGUGGAACCCAGUUCAAAGGGAUGAUGACUCUAGUGAUGAUGAUGAUGAUGAUGAUGACGGCAGUGUAAGUCUCUCAGCAAUUAGGGCUAUUAGAGCAUUUGGAGAAGAAAGGAAAGUGAUCGAUGAAGAACGUGAUUAUGAAGGGGGGGAAACACUUUUUUCCUUUGAGUACGGACCCACACUGGAGGAACAACAAAUUCUGUUGGAAUGGGACAACGCAGUAAGGGAUUGUGAAAAGCGAGCAGAAAGUGUCACCCAAUUGGAAGUGGACCCUAAUUAUGCACCAAAGUUGAUACGUAAUGGAGGCAUGCCAAGUUCUGCAAGUGCGCUUGAUUUAGACACAAUUUCUACCGAACAAGAUGAGAAAAAAAUGUGCAUACAUGCCUCUCCUGCUUGGGAGGAGGAACAAGCGACGGUACUGCAAUCCAUUGCAACUAUAGAGGCGAGGGACAGCGACUUAGAGGCAGCUGCAUCAAGGCAGCUGGAGUUGCAUCAUCGAGAGCGUCAGCAGCAGCUUCAGCUUCCACGAGCGAAUCAUGGUAGGCUUGUGUUUGAGAGUUUCACAAAGCGGGUGGAUGAUUUAUUACCCCCAGGAGAACUGGAAGUGCAGAUUCGUGGUAUUCUUGCCAUGGAAGGAGAAAGUGUAGACGUGACAGCGGUUGGGGAGCGGUGUGUUUCUAGCGCGGAACGGAGUAGAAAAGUGGCUGGACGCGAAAGCUUUCGGCUCAUAUGCGAGGAGCGGGAGACAUUGCUAAUGGGAAAAGAAGACCUUAAGGCCGCCCAGGAGUGGCGACGUCGUCUUGAGGAGCAGGAAAAUACCUUGGCGAGCGCGAUCGCAGACUUUAUACGACGCGAGGAAACACUGCAAAGACAAAUUGUCGAAGAGGAAGAAAUAUCCUUUCAGCAACUUUGUGGGAAGGAACGAGAUGACGUUGCAGCGGUUACUCAGGUGCAAGUUACUCGCCAGCGGCAGGCACUGGAAGCAGAUCUCGGUCGGGUUAUGGAGGAGCAUGAACACAUCCGCUGUGAAAUAGUUGCAAGGGAGGAGGAGGUCGCUGGUGAAAUGUAUCAGGAAGCACAACGUGCACUUCAGGGUCUUCGAUCCCUGCGCAAAAAAACCUUGCAGAAAAUAUCAGAUUCAAUGUUGGGCUGCAGCAAUGGCAGUAUGGAAAGUUGUGGUAAUCAGAAUCACAGGAUUCUCCACACUCGGAAUAUCGCCACGUUCACAACGGAGGCAUCGUGGCGACGCUCGUCUGAGACCCUAAAGGCGUGUGGUGAAUCCUUAUCUGCUCUAAAAACAGGUCUGGCCGCUCAACUUGGUAUUGGCAACUCACUUCGCAUAAAAAUGCUUUUAAUGGAACGAUGCUUUGGAGAGAAAUGGUUGAAAGAGUACCAUCAGGAUAUUAACGAUACUUUGGACCUACUUAAAACUCAGUUACGUGCUGAUGAUUCACAUUCCUGUCGAGUGGAGCCACCACCGGGAAGCCGACCCGCAACGGCAGGCUCUUCCAGCUCCCUCUCCACUGCAAACAAUCAUUCAACACCAUUAUUGGGCGACAGAGACACGAAUUUAAAUGGUCAUACAAGUAACUGUUUGAAUGCUCAACUUGCCAGGCGGCUUCAGCCUCUCGCUUUGGGUGGUGGGAGGCUUGAUGCUCGUGAUGUUGCGCAGCGCUGUCACUCGUUGUCUUUUGCUUUGGAGCACAUUUCUGAUAUCGACUUCUCUAGUCUUGCAACUCUCACAGUGCCAUGCGCAGAGGCAGGUUCCACAUCGAUAACUUCUUACGUGAAGGAACUCGACUUGGGUGGUAACGCGCUCCAGCAGCUACAGCUUGAUGAUGCGUUGCGGGUGUUUCCCUCGCUUCGUAGCCUCAAUGUAAACGAUAAUAAAAUCCGUGAUAUUAGGUGUCGCGUCGCGCCACUCCGGGGUGUUUCAGAGGCUCAAGCGAACUCCGUGGCGCAGUCAGCGAGAGUUACGCGUCUAGACAUAUCUGCAAAUGCGCUUGAUAAUGUUGAAGCUGUGGGUAAACUCCUCUCGUACCACCUCCGAACGCUGCUUAUAUUCUCUAAUAAGGUGGAAUCGUUGUUGCCACUGGCUCAGUGCACGCGCCUUGAGUGUUUGGAGGCGAGUCGCAACUUGGUCACAUCGUUGGUGGAACUUAAGCAGCUCCGCCUGCUGCAAACUAUUGACUUAAGUGACAACCGUAUCGAAACCAUAGAUCCCAUUGCUCAUCAAGUGUUGUUGCAGAACCUAUACUUGUCACGAAACAAAGUUCGAGAUGUUCCGCCCACGCUAUCGCUUGGUUUUCUCCGUCAACUCUUUUUAAAUGGAAAUGCUCUUGUUGCAUUAUCUGACGAGAGCUUCUGCUGGUUUCCCCUGCUAACGGUGCUUCACGUGGAAAACAAUAACCUACGCGAUGUGUCCGGGCUUCGGCACUGCCCACGGCUCACCACAGUAAAUCUUUCGUUCAACCAGUUGCAGCGCAUAGAAGAUCUGCUGCCGCUAACGGCAUGCCGGAUGGUACAGGUGCUGUCGGUGAAUGAGAACCCCUUUUCAGCAAGGCAAAUGGACGAUAACAGUUUGGGAAAGAAUUUGGAUAAAGUUAGAAACAAACUGCUUGCGUGGUUUCCGCACCUUUCCGAGUUGAACAAUGAAAAGGUGUUGGAGGGGCACCGUCAGAUAUCUGAAACUGAGGAGUUCUCGUCUCUUAUGCCGUAUUGUGUCGCUCGCCGGCUCCGAUGGAGAGUCACAGAAGAUAAACCCGCUGACAUGUGGGAUUGGCCAGUGUCUGUUUCAGCAGAUCACAUGCGUCAAUUCUGCGGUCUCAUGAGUUGUUGGGGUUGCGAACGAGGCCCACUCGACACCUACGCGGAUCUGUUCAAAGCUUUGGAGAGCGACAUUUUUCUUACCUCUAUGCAACGCGAGCAGGAUGAUCUCUGCACCAUACGUAGGCGCCGAUAUCAUGAUGCGGUAAGCGUAGAGGAAGAUUUAAAAAAACGAUUACGCGACUCGAAGCAAAGCCUUAAUCCAAUAACACAACGUCUUUCUGACAGAGUGGAAGUUCGUAACCGUCGUGAGUCAACAAAAAUGAUGGAGCAACACCUAAUUCAGAUGGAGCAUGUGCCCCGUGUGCGAGGGAAUAUCCAUAUAGUCGACGCUCUCUACACCCAACGGGCUAAUGCUUAUAAGGAAAUGAGAGCGAAAAAGUUCAUAUGCAACUGGAUGUACGGUUGCUUCCUUGUAAAGAAGGCCAAAAUGGAACUAGAAGAACUAAGGAAUUCCUACGAAAAUGUUCAGAGGCGGCGCCUUGAAGUGGCUGCACGUACCAUCCAACCGCUGUGGCGUGGGGCUGUUGUUCGUUCCCGCCUCAAGCGUAUUAUGAAGUCUAAUCUGGAGGAUGAUGACGAUAAUUUUAAGCCGGUAUCUCUUGAUUUCCUCGAUGAUGCAACAGCUGAAUACGACGGAGUUGGCGCGGUUCUUCAGCGCGUUUUGGAGAACCGCGGAGCGGAACUCAACAUCACAUUCGAUUGUCAUUUAACAAGUUUUGCAAAUAAGGAUGUGCCACCUCGUACGAAUUCUGCGGGGCAGAUUCGUGUCAGCAAUACACACAAGCUUUUGGAUACCGUAAAACGUCCGGACAGCCAACCGCAGGUGGAGCGUGCACCACCUUCGAACGGCGGCGAUGAUUUGAAUGAGUUUGUUUCCUCGCAUUUUGAGCGAAGGCAAAAGAAGAUAGAACGCUCCCGACGAGAAGAGAUGCAGCGAGAGUUUUUGAAGGACCCUCUCAGAAUCAAAAGAGAGCUCCAGAGAAGGUGA